GCAACGCAAAGACGACGUAGUACGUGAAAUGGUUUAACCACGUAGGAAGCGCCAACCGAUUUUCAAUCUUGUCGACAAGGUUUCGAAAGACAAUGGGCCGACUGGAUGAUGCUGCCAAACACAAAGUAGUGGAGCUGCGGAAAGCUGGUCUGAGUUUCCGUAAGAUCAAAGCUGUGCUAGAGCUGGAGAACAUCAAGGUGUCUGCACAGGCCAUCUAUCUCUUCCUGCGGGAGUUCCAAGGAAGACCACCAGGGAGGGUCAGACCUGUAGAGGCUGGAAGCAGCACAACACCAGCACAGGUGCAGGCUCGAGGCAGGGCAAUACAAGAGGGCUGGAGUAACAUUCAUCUCCAGAACCUAAUACAGGAGGCAUCUCAUCAUGCUGGCUUUACAGCAGCUGCAGACUUUGCCUCCACACGCACAGAGACUAGUGCAAAGACAUCUGGGUCUGGGGAGACCAGUGGAGGCAGCAGGCCAGAACAGCAACAAGUGGGAGAUAAGGAAGAAAAUGACAUCCAGAUUAUUAGUGUCACCUCCCUUGCACAGAAAAGCCAACAAAGAGGCCCUGAAUCCACUGUAACAAGGGCAGAGACAGGCACUGUGUCUUCCACACUAACGGUUCCUGGAGCAUCCCUGAGGAGGAGAGUAACACCUUCUCCAGCCACCAAUUCAAUGUUGGCAGCUCCAGGCUGGUAG